AUGGAUAAAUUAUUAUAAAGAGAAAUUAGGAAUCAUUUUUAAAAUGAAAAUUAUAAGGCUGAUGUAAUAGAUAUGAUUGAAAAGGAUGAAGAAUUGAUUAAGAAAUGCAAUGAUAAGAUGGAUGAUGUAAUUAGUGUCUAUAUAUUUAGUGGUAAUUAUAAACAGAAGAGGAUUUUCUAAAAAAGAAACUGCUAAUGCUUGGUUUAUGUGAAAAGAAAGGAUUGGAUGGAUAAGUGAUGCUUUAUCCUACAAUAAAGAAAUAAAGAGUAUUAAAUAGAGAUGAAUUCAAAGGGAUGGUUGAUAGAUUAUAUAAAGUGAAGAAGAUGUCAGAUAAUGAUUUUGUUCAUCUUAAUUAGACAGCCAGAAAAUAAAUAUAACAAAUGAAGGCCAAAUAGCAAAUGAUCUAAAAAUAAAAAAACAAGAAUACUAAAUAAGAGUCUUUCUUCGAUAUGAUAUCAGAUUCAUCUGAAGAUUAAGUAGAAUGA